CACUGAGCCACCGUGCUGCCCAUUCGUUCCACGUGGAAGUCCUCGCUGCUGAGAGAAUGGAGCUUGUGAUCCUGUGGAUUCGAAAGAGUUUUAACUUAGUGCAAGACCGGAGUUCAGACAGCACUGAGCAGCAGAUGGCAGAGAAUCGGAAUCAGAUCCUGUUGCUGGAUGUCCGGAAUACGGCUGAAUACGAGGUCAGCCACUUACAGGGAGCCAUUCGCAUUGACCCAGACACCAGUGACAUGGAUCAUCUGACCAAGGAGCUGGGCCUGGCAGAUUGUAACGAGGAGAGGGAGGUGAUCUGUUAUUGCACUGUGGGAUAUCGCUCGUCCAAAGUGGCACAGAAGCUGGUGGAGUUUCUGGCGAGUAAUGCUGGGCAGACUCUGCGCAGGUCACUGAGAGUCUACAACCUGGAGGGGGGGCUGGUGAAAUGGGCCAAUGAAGGGAAGCCCAUGGUGGACUGCAAGGAGCAGCCAACGAGCCUUGUCCAUCCGUACAGUAGCAUGUGGGCCUACCUGGUAAAGCCAGAGUUCCGGGCCAAUAUCUGAGCCAGUUACACAGAGUUCCAGCUGUGUGGUUCAUCAGGAAAUUACACCAGACACUCCACGGCAACAAAUGAGAAUGUUAACAUGGUGUUAAUCGGACUUUAUUAGACUCUGCUAAUGUUGUACUGUGAUUCAUUUCUUCUGAUUAUUAAAAUUAACUGUUGCUUGUUAA